AUUACCACAAUGAUUGUUAAACUGACUGGAUCUACUACCUUUUUGGUAGCACUAUUCCUGUUUGAGGUUUCUAGAAAUGUUGCCGGAGCUCUUGAGGCGCUUCAGACAACUAAUGACACAUUUGUUAGGAUCGGGAACAGUUACUAUCUCAUUGAACGAAAACUUCAAAAAAAUUGGUUUGGUGCCUACGAAAUUUGUCGACAACAACAAGCGGAAUUAAUCUCUCUUGAAACUUUCGACGAAUUGCGCCUGGUAAGCGAAUACCUUUUAGCUAAUAACAUUUUCGAGAGAUAUUGGACCUCCGGAACGGAUUUGGGAACCAAGGGAAAACAUGUUUGGUUUUCCAAUGGACAGCCCUUGUCAACGGAUUUGUGGUACGGGGGAGAACCAAAUAACAAAAAUAAUGAGGAGCAUUGCGAUGAACUGGGAAGUGAUUUUAGACCGACAAAAUCGCCAGGAAUGAACGAUCGGAAUUGCAACUUUGAAAGUUCUUUUAUUUGCGAAGAAGUUCAGCCGAAAUAUAAUGUAUGUCCGUAAAGAUAAAACAUUGUCAACUUGAAAAGUAAAUUUUGAAUAAG